AGCGGAGACAGCAAAAUGGGGAGAAGCAGCGAGGAGAACAGGGGCGCCAGCCUGCGAGUGCCCCACAUCUCUCAGGAGAACUUAUCUCACUGGAAUUUGGACGCCGAAGUCCCUGUGCCUGAAAGCAAGAGCCCCCUCCAGGGAAAGGAGGGCACGGCAGGUGGCAAAACUAACAAGGAGCAUCUGGAAUUUCCUCUAGAGCAACUGAUACUAGAACUGAGCUUGCCAGAACAUUCUUCCCGAAGAACACAGAACAGUAAACAAGGGACAUGUCACCUAUGGAGUCAUCCUCUGAUGGAAGAGAGUCCCUCGGAGAACAGGGAUUUCAGAAAAGUGCCCAUGGAAAGCAGCCUGAGCAACAGCCCUGUGAAGCUCUUGGCUCUGAAAGGCCUUCCUGUCAACACCUCAGUGGAGAAGCCAGGACAUCCCUGCCCUGGACUGCAAAUGCCACUGGAUCUCUGCUGGCCCUACGCAGACGGAGACUUCUUCAAGGACAAACCCGAGCCCACCACAGCCUUGCUCUCCUCGGUCGAGAACAUCACUGGCGAAACCCUAACAGGCCCAACUUGGGAUCUGAAACACAGACACGGCAUCAUGGAAGAAAUCCUAACGGACGAGAGUGACUUGUCAGAGAACGAGAAGGCCAAUGACACGUUACUUAGUUACUUCAAGAAGAUGGACCUGAACCUGAGGCCCGAGAAGAUCGAAACCGUGGAAGGUGCUUUCACAGAAGGGGCGAGCGAAGCUUUUCCGUACCCCGAUUUCCUUCCCCCACCGCUCAACACUUUGGACUUGCACAAACUGGCCCUCUCGAAAUCCGACAGCUGGAAAAGCUCCGUGGACCCUCUAGAAAGCUCCAUGGACGCCCUGAUCAUCCGCUUGCUGGAAAUGGAAAGACUGCAACACAGUACUGUGCAGAAAGAGAGGUCGCGGCUGCAGACUGCCGUGUCUGCUCCGGUGGUCACCGAAAACCUCCCUUCCAAAGCUGUCUCCAAAACCAGGCAACCCAAAGCUUCUGACACCUUGAACCUUCAGAUAACUUGCGUAGAUAAAAGUCGAGAGAAAAGGAAAAACAACCCUGGCGCGGGCAAGUUUGAACAAAACACCGUAAAAUGGAACUGGAAUGGCCCAGGCAAGCACAAAUGGAACGGGAGGCCGUCCUCCCUCAAAAGCUCCUGCACCAGCAAACAGUGGCAGGUGAAUGGCGACGACCCAAAGCCUUCCAAAAACUCCAAUUUACCUGCUCCACACCAAGAUAUCUUGGCCAAGGGUUCGAGCGCCGCUAGCACGCAGUCGCUGGUGAAAAUGGUCUCCGUGCGGUGCCUGCCACCCAGGUCUCCCAUCCCGGUCUCGCCCAUUCCCUUGACGUUCCCCGAACAGCCAAAGGAAGAGCUUAAGGUGACAAGGGCCAAGAAGAAACUGCACCGAAAGAGCAUUGCUCUCAACAGACCCCUCUCUAUGCAGAAACUCAAUGGCUUAUCACAGAUGUCUGGAGCAAAGGACAAAUGUUCACCCAUCAUUGACCAGAAAUAA